AUGGCACACAACUCACAGUGUCGCAAGAAGCAGCGCGACAACGGAGCAACAGGCUUCACUGCACAGGCACAGCAUCAACAUGGUCAAGACGCAGCAACCUUCGUCGCUGCCACAGCUACUACACCCACGCAGCUGCAUGACCCACUCACGUGGCUUGCAGACACGGGUGCUUCACACCACCUCACCUUCGUCAAGGACGCCUUCGUGGAGCUGACACCGCACCUGCAACAGCACCAUCCACGCCACAUCACUGCGUUUGGCGGCACACGUGUGCCCGUGCGCGGUGUUGGCUCUGUGCUGUUGCAUGCACGCACGACGAGCGGAGCUACGAUGCAGAUUGUGCUACAGGAGUGCCUCUACGUGCCCGAGGGCCAGGCCAACCUCAUCGCCCUCAGUCGUCUGACCAGGGACAGCAGCGGCAGGCCAACGGGCCACUCGCAGCGUGAUGGCGCUGAUGGGCACUACGUGCGCUUCAGCCACGGAGCCGAGGUCAAGCUGAAGGAGCGCAACAGCCUCCGAUGCUGGCCCAUUGUUGCUGUUGGUCCACCCACAGCACACGGUCUCACCGCCGAUGCCUGCAAGCAACCACAGCAACCCGCAGCAGCUCCUGCAGCCCAGAGCAAAGCACAGACACCAUCGAUGCAUGAGGUGCUUGGCCACCGCAACGACAACGACGUGCAGCAGUACUGCAAGCUGAUGGGCAUCGACGAUCGCAACGCCAUCAGCAGCAAGCAGUGUACAACGUGUGCAGUGACCAAGAGCACUCGUCACAGCGUCAGCAAGCACGCGGAGCGCACACAGGUGCCCGGCGAGCGCAUCCACGCCGACAUCGUCGACUGGACCGCGGACUCGCCCACGGGCAAGCGCUACAGCCUCGUCAUCGUCGAUGAGGGCAGUAAGCUCUUACAUGCAGUCCAUCUCAAUGCCAAGAAGGACGCAGUUGCCGCGUUCCAGUCUUUCCUGCGCGAGACCAAGCUCCCCAUCUCGCCCACAACAACAGCACUCCAGACGGAUUCCGAUGCCAUCUUCCUCGGAGCUGACUUCCAGGCCAUCGUCAAGAAGCACCUGAAGCAGCACCAGCAGUCCCCGCCGUACACCCAGGCGCAGAACGGCAUCGUCGAGCGACAGGUGCGCACCCUCUCCGACAUGGUGCGAGCCAUGAUCACGGGUGCAGGCCUUGACGCAUCGUACUGGAGCCUCGCCUGCAACCACGCCCUGCACAUCCUCAACAACAUGCCUCGCCCUUCCCUCCACGGCAAGACACCGCUGCAGAUUGUCACGGGCUCGCUGCCCAAGCACGUGCCGCAGCUGCACAUCUUCGGGCAGCCGGCCGUCGUCCACAUCAGCACACAGCGCGGACGCCUGCAGCCCAAGGGUCGUCGAGGCAUCUACGUCGGCUACAACAGCAGCAGCAACAGCCACCUCGUCUACUUCGCAGACACAAACACUGUUGUGUCCUCCAUCCACGUCCGCUUCCUUCCCUUCUCCAAGGCCGAUGAUGUCGUGGAUGAGGGGGAGGAGCAAGUGCAGACAUCCACGACAUCGUCCAUGCUCCAGCUUCCCAGUGCACGUGACAGCAGCAACAGCACCACUGACGGUGAGCCACCAACGGUUCACAUCGACGAGGACCAGGACGAGGAUGUCGAGACAGACUUCCUGCUCACGGACUUUGACGCCGACAGCAGCAGCGACACCAACGACGCCAACUACGACCCCGACACAACAGAUGCAAGCGACACCGAGGCAGGCGCGUUCACAGCAAGCAGCAGCGACGACACCAGCCUCACGGAGCCUGCAAGCAUCAAGCAGGCACUCAAGAGCCAGCAACGCAAGCAGUGGACUCAGGCAUGCUUGGAGGAGAUCGGGGCCAUGGAGCGCAACGGCGUCAUCAAGCUCAUCCCACGCAGCGCCGUGCCACGGCAGCACACGCCUCUCAAGUCGCGCUUCGUCUUCAAGGUGAAGCGUGAUGCGGAAGGCACGCCGACGCGCUUCAAGGCACGCUGGGUCGCCAAGGGCUUCAGCCAGCGACCGGGCAUCGACUUCGACCAGACCUACGCCCCAACCCCAGCAGCCAAGACCAUCCUCACUGUGCUCGCCGUCUCCCUGCAACGACAGCACCAGCUGCACCAGCUCGACUUCAAGUCGGCUUACCUGCAGGCUGAUCUCAAGGAGGAGUUGUACAUGGAGCUGCCGCCGCACUUCACCGACAUCGGCGACGGCGCUCUGUUGAGACACGACAGGUGGUGUGUGUGUUUACUGUAG